AUGUCGUUGUCAGAGAAUUUACAAAGUGAACAUGGAUACGUAAUUUAUAAUGCAAAUAUUUAUACAGUCGAGGAUGAUAAUGAAUCUUUACCAAAUGUUGUUGAUUCAUUAGUAGUGUUGAAAAAUAUUUUUGUGGAUGUUGGUUCAUCAUCUUUAAUCUUGGAAAAAUGGAAAGAUUUUAAACAUUUAUCGAACCUUGGUGAAUCUUUAUUAUCUGUAGAUCUUGUUGAGGUGCGCGAGAGAAUUCGCGAGUAUUUAUCAAUUCGUUCGAGUGAGAAAGAUUCUUCUGAAAUUCAGUGGAUAAAAGGAUGGGGAUGGGAUCAAACACUUUGGUCAUCUAAAUUAUUUCCUACUCAUAAUGAUUUAGAUUCCGAUCCAAUUUUAUCAAAAUUUUCAAUUUUAUUAACACGAAUUGAUGGACACGCAGUAUGGGUUAAUAAGAAGACUCUAGACAUACUUCAAGAAAAUAAUAAUUUACCUGAAGAAAUUGAAGGUGGUGAGAUAUGCAGAGAUAAAGAAACUAAUGAAUUGACUGGAAUUUUCAUAGAUAAUGCAGUUGAAUUGAUUGAUAAAUUAGUACCAUUGCCAUCUGAAUCAACAUUAUUUACACAAAUAAAGGGAGCAAUUUCAAAAAUGCAUGAGAACGGUUUAACAGGAGUUCAUGAUGCAUGUGUCGAAUUAAGAUUAAUAAAUUUUUUUGAAAAAAUUAUUUUAGAAAAUCCUGAAAAUUUUAAUAUUAGGAAUUAUGCAAUGGUUGAGAGUCCACGAAAUGUUUAUUGUGGUGACCAAGUAAAACGAAUUGAUGGAAUAGGCGAUGGGAGAUUAUUUGUAAGAAGCGUUAAAUUGGUGAUGGAUGGGGCAUUGGGAAGUUGGGGAGCUGCAUUAUUAGAACCAUAUUCUGACGAUCCAACAAAACAAGGCUUGUUACUCUCUGAUCCUUCUUUAUUAACUACUGUAAUUAAUCAAUGGAUUGAAAAGGGAUUUCAAGUAAAUACGCAUUGUAUUGGAGAUAAAGCAAAUCAGAUUAUUAUUGAUGCAUACGAGAAAAGUUUUAAAGAUUACAUUAUCAAGUCUAGUCCAAAUAAUUCUAAUGAAUUAUUAGAAGAACAAUUAAAAGAAGAGAUUAGAAGAUUAGGAGAUAAAUUAAGAUUUAGAAUUGAACAUGCACAGAUAUUGACACAAAAAGAUAUUAAACGGAUGGGAGAAUUAAACAUAAUUCCAUCAAUGCAACCAACUCAUGCAACUUCUGAUAUGUCAUAUGCUGAACAAAGAUUGGGUCCUGAACGUAUAAAAGGCGCAUAUGCUUGGAGGUCUUUAAUUAAUUCUGGAGUUAAAAGAUUUCCACUUUCUUCAGAUUUCCCUAUAGAGUCUGUAAAUCCAUUUUUAGGAUUUUAUUCUGCAAUCACAAGAAAAUGGACGAAUGGAAAAUCUCCACAUGGUGAAAAAGGAUGGUUUGAAUCAGAAUGUUUGACGAGAAAAGAAACAUUACGUGGUUUCACCAUUGAUGCUGCUUAUGCUGGAUUUUGUGAAGAUAUUUUGGGGUCAAUAAAAAUAGGGAAAUACGCAGAUUUUAUAGUGAUUGAUAAAGAUAUUAUGAAAAUACCAGAACAAGAAAUACCAAACAUCAAAGUCUUAUCUACUAUAUUUAAUGGAAAUGUUGUUUAUGAGAAAAAUUUUGAAAACUAA